GACGGAGAAUGAUGCGGGGAUCACGUCCGUGCGCGGCUGUUCCUCCCUCAAACGACGUCACCGCACCCUGAUGGCCGUCGCACAGCAAUAGUACACCGAUAUUGACCGCUUGCUGUUCAGCUGCGAGGCAUAACAUGUGAUCUGCAGUAUGAGAGCCUUCACUGGUGCACUUGAUCGACAUGAGCGUCAACAUAAGGCUCGAGCUAUCCGGCGUGCGUUAGCGGACAUUACACCAAGCAACUCCAGGCUUCAAGAACAGUCUUUAUUCUUCUCGAAACUGCCUGCCGAGAUUCGUUUUAUGAUCUUCCAGCUUCUACUGAGCCAAAAGCACGACCACGAGAGACCUGUCAACUUUCACUCCAUCUCGCCACUCUAUCGACCGGGCCAUGCGUAUCGCACCAAGAUCCAUACGGCGAUACUCCUCACCUGCCGCCUUGUAUAUUACGAGGGACAUGCAAUUCCCAUAAAAAGCGCGACUCAUCACUUUCGGCAUCUGGGGAGUACCUCCUGGCUCUAUGAAGGCGAUGUCUGGCUCCACCACAUGACGAAGCAACGCGGCGCGGACGUCUACCAUCUGCAUGACAAUCUAGUUGCUCUGAAUCGACGCAACUUUACCAAAUUCUUCUUACCACAUUUGCACUGGAAGAAAAUCACAUGGACGAUAUGCGCAUACCUAUGGCCUCCAAUACUGGCUGGCUACCGUGAGAUCGAUCGCUUGGCGGAAACGCUUGCAGGCAUCGAGCUACCAGCCUCGUGUCAAGAAGCCAACCUCGAGUUUGAAAUUCGGGAAGAUGUCCCAGAGUUCUGGGAAAGCCUUCAACAGCAGGCUGAGCUUUGCCAGAAGAUAGGCAUCCCAUGUUCUUCUGAAGUACAGUCAGGAUCUAGUACGCUUGAAAGCAUACCGCAGCCUGCAGGUCUUAAGAAGAACGACAGAACAGUCUUGCGAUUCGAUGAAUCUUAUUCGAAACGAUACGCGUGGGUCGGCAGCGGUCAAGCUCGAUGGGGGACCAGCGCGCUCAUCAGAGAGAAGGAGACUGUGAGGUACCGCACAAUCAGGCUUUGCUGGCGUGCGAGAGUUCCGCGGAGAGAUUACAUGAGCUACGACCACAUGAACUGCAUGGACUUGACUAACUGUGAAGAGGUGAAGGGUAUCGAGUAUGAAAACACGACUGAUGAAGCACAACAGGGUGCCGCAUCUGGGUAGAGCCAACCAUCGACAGAUGCUUCUUGGACUGGCCUGCCGGACCAGUAUGUCUCACACAGGCAAUGGCACGAGGAAAACUGGAUCUUCAGGCUAGACAAUUUUACGAAGACGCUGCACUCUUGUUAUCUCAAAUCACGAAGGACAAAGCACUCAAUGGCGCAGCAUGUAAUGAGACAUAGUAUGAACUGGUCUUUAGUGAUAUAAUAGACGUGGUAUAAUCCCACCAUCUGGUAGCACUUUUUUGGAAGCACAAUACUUCCUCGAACGAAUAUUUCGACACCGA